UCAGAAAAUAAUUAAAUACUCAAGGGGCCGGGACUGAAUCGACUCACACCAAUCACAAUCAAGUAAGAAGAGAUAUCGCACAUUAUUGGCGCAAGAAACAGUAGCUAUAGAAUGUCAUAAAAAGCAGGCCUGGAGGUCGAGUUGAAGACAUCAUCAGAUAAAUGAGGCUAAAUUUGUUUGUUGGCCAUGGAGAAUUGCUGUUAUUCUGAUGGGGCAAACUGGGUUCAGUGUCAUUAUGCUGCUCUAAACGGCGAGUACUUUCCCUAUCCAGUUCCAUGGCCACUGGCCGUACCAGUACCACCUCGUGAGGUCAUGUCAACCUCUACCAGAUCAUUCCAAUUCCAUGGGUUUCCUCCCCUUGAAGGUGUUGCAGAAGAUGGAGGAGGUACUGCCACUGCCACUGCUUCCAAGAGCCACAGCCAAGCAGAGAAGCGGCGCAGGGACAGGAUAAAUGCGCAACUCUCAAUUCUCAGGAAACUAAUUCCCAAGUCUGAUAAGAUGGACAAGGCAGCUCUAUUGGGAAGUGUGAUUGACCACGUGAAGGAUCUUAAGCGAAGAGCAAUGGAAGUCAGCAAAGCCUGCUCACUUCCUACAGAAGUAGACGAGGUAAUCAUUGACUAUGAUCAUGGUCAAGAUGUAAACAUGAUCAGCAACGUUGACAAACGUGAGGAAAAUAUCCUCAUAAGGGUUUCUUUUUGUUGCGAUGAUCGACCGGAGCUGUUUUCUGAGCUCAUCCAAGUCCUUAAAGGUUUAAGACUGACGGUAGUUAAAGCUGAUAUAGCCAGUGUGGGUGGCAGAAUUAAAAGCGUUUUGGUGCUUUGCACCAAGGCGCUGGAAAGUGAUCAAGUGGGUGUUUGCCUCAUGAGCACUUUGAAACAGUCCCUUAAAUUAGUUCUAAGUAAAAUUGCUUCAUCAUCAUCUAUGGCAACAAAUUGUCGCAUUAGAAGCAAAAGGCAGAGGUUCUUCUUGCCUUCACCUUAUUCACAAUAAUCUUGCUGAACGAGCAUUAACUUUU